UGCUUUCUCCCCGCAAUAAUCUCUCUCUUUGCAGCUUGUAGUCGUAGUGUAGUGUUAGAUGCGGCGCUUACAAGCAUCUUAUUUAAUCGCCUAUUUGCAAGCUUGUUAGACUAAAGAAACAUAUGACUCCUUGGAAUACUUGCUAAUUUCACUUCACUGACUUAAAUUGACCAUGACUAAGGUUGCAGCUCUGCAGAAAAAGAAGAGAAAAGACUUCAUACCUUACUUUUUAGGAUUUGUAAUAUUUUUAUAUUGCACGGUCCAUCUUGUGUCAUUUACAGCAAAAACAGCUCAGGAAAGCCACCCUGCCAGGGUGCGUCGGGCUCUUGAGAAUGAGACAGAAUGCAUCUCACCGCAGUCUUCCGAGUUUCCUGGUGGUUUCUUCACGGUGCAGGAGAGGAAGGAUGGAGGGCUCGUCAUUUAUUUUAUGAUUAUUUUCUACAUGUUUUUGGCUGUCGCAAUAGUCUGCGAUGACUACUUUCUGCCAUCCUUGGAAUUGAUCAGUGAACGUCUGGGACUGACUCAGGAUGUAGCAGGAGCCACAUUUAUGGCAGCUGGGAGUUCUGCACCUGAACUGGUCACAGCCUUUCUGGGUGUGUUUGUGACAAAGGGAGACAUUGGGGUCAGCACCAUCGUGGGAUCAGCAGUGUACAACCUGCUAGGAAUCUGUGCAGCAUGUGGACUCUUGGCCUCAAUGGCAGGGCGUCUCACCUGUUGGCCACUGUUCAGGGACUGCCUGGCAUAUGCCAUCAGUGUUGCUGCUGUUAUCGCAAUCAUUUCAGAUAACAAGGUGUACUGGUACGACGCUGCCUGUCUGCUGCUGGUCUAUGCCGUCUACAUCGUGGUUCUGUGCUUCGACCUCCGCAUCAGUGAGUUUGUCCUGAGGAAGUUCAGCCCUUGCUGCACAUGUCUGGGUAAAGGAUCCGGUGAGAAGACAGAGACACAGACUCUGCUGGGCUGGAACGACAACACCAGUCUGCGAGUCCACAGUCGCUCCAGGACAGACAGUGGGAUCUUCCAGGAUGACUCAGGAUACUCUCACCUGUCCCUCAGCCUGCAUGGCCUCAAUGAGAUUCCUGAGGCAGAGGAAAAAAGUGUGUUUGCCGUGCCGGAGAACGACUUGAAACGGAUCCUCUGGGUUCUGUCUCUGCCCAUCAUCACUCUGCUUUUCCUGACCAUCCCUGACUGCAGGAGAAGGUUCUGGAAGAAAUGGUUCAUGGUGACCUUCUUCAUGUCAGCUGUCUGGAUCUCAGGUUUCACAUACAUCCUGGUGUGGAUGGUCACUAUCGUCGGUGAGACACUUGGCAUCCCUGAUACAGUUAUGGGACUCACUUUACUUGCUGCUGGAACCAGUAUACCUGACACUGUGGCCAGUGUGAUGGUGGCCAGAGAAGGGAAAGCUGACAUGGCCAUGUCCAACAUUGUGGGCUCUAAUGUUUUUGACAUGCUGUGCCUGGGUCUGCCUUGGUUCAUCAAGACUGCCUUUGUGGACACCAACAACCCUGUAGAGGUCAACAGCACUGGACUGGUCUUCAUUUCCUGCACUCUCCUGCUUUCCAUUGUUUUCCUUUUUGUAGCCGUUCAUAUCAACGGAUGGAAGUUGGACUGGAAAUUGGGAAUUGUUUCUCUCAUCUGCUACAUCCUCUUUGCAACUCUAUCCAUCCUGUAUGAGCUGGGGAUUAUUGGGAAUAAUCCUAUAAGACUGUGCAGUGACUGAGAUCUGACCUCCCCAGGACUGAAGCCAUAUCCUCUAAGACUCCAAAAACAGUCCAAAAACACAACAAAAUUGUUAAGCCUAUAAAUCUUCAAAUAUCGAAACAAGGAGGCAUGGCCCCUCUCACAUACUUCUACAGAUAUUGUGCCAUGGAAGAUGUGUGCUGGUUACAUCUCAUGAAGAGGAUGAUCUCCUUUUAGUUACAUUUUACAAAAGGUGGAAAUGUGCCAAAGAUCAUUCUCUUAAAAGUGUUCCAGUCAGAUCCAGACCAGUCAUAUAAUGAAGACUCAUUAUCAAGUUGAGACGUCUUACUCAAGACGCAUAAAUAGAAUAUGUGCUGUCCCAGGAGUGACUACUGAGUUCAAAUAAAUCCAGAACCGACAAGUCAGUCAAGUAAUAAAGGUGUGAACGACACUUA